AACUGUAAUAAGUUGUCCAGGAAACCCAUUUCAUCUUAACAUCGACAAUCACUGACUGACACGAAAUUUUGAUUUUUGCCACGUUGCAAAGCUAUAUAAUUUGAUCUUUUCCACAUCUUAUAUUUGUCGUUGUGGAGAGAUGGGCAUCAUCAAAUAAAUCUCUGAUGUUUCCCCUACGGUUCUGCCCCUCCUCCCCUCCCCUCCCCUCUCUAGGUGCCGCUUCUGCUGCCUUCUGUUUAUUUUUGCUUAGGUUAUUGUGACGUACAUGUCAUUAAAGUUUCUUCUUCCGUAUGAUUUGACGUUGAUUCGUCAUCGCGGUGUCUGGGGAGCACAGUCCUGAUCCCUAACUAUGCUCUUGUUCUGUCCUUGUUGUGCCAACGCAUUAACUGCGGCUGAAGGCAACGAACGAUACAAGUUCAUCUGUCACACGUGCCCAUUCAAGUUCGACAUUACGCGUCUCAUUUCCAAGAAAUCAUUCCCGAAGCUCAAGGAGCUGGAUGAUGUUCUCGGUGGCAGUGCAGCCUGGGCAAAUGUAGAUGCAACUGAUGAGCGUUGCCCCAAGUGUGCUCAUCCUCGAGCUUACUUCAUGCAGAUUCAGACGCGAUCCGCAGAUGAGCCGAUGACAACGUUCUACAAGUGUUGUAACCAUGAAUGUGCCCACCGCUGGCGUGACUAAUAUUGGGCUAAGUAGGAUGGCUAAAAUGCGCCUUUCUACAGUGGUACCUGUCGGAGAAAGUGGCAAAGCUCAAGCUACAGCUGUCGAUAUGGCAAGCCGUCUUCUGAUGGAGGGAAAUAUCAUUGCCCUCCCUACUGACACUAUUUAU